ACACCAAUGAGAAUGCCGCAUGUAGCUCCCACUCACUGGCAUCAGAAGCAUGAGAUAUCUUCCGUCUUUAGCUGUACAUUUUCAUACAAACACAGCGUUGGCCAGACCGAGGCUGCGUUCUGCCAACACGCACGCUGGGUACAGGCAGUGGUGAAACAAGAAGGGAAGAAAGAGUGCACCUGAUCUCUCUCUCACGCCAGACUCAAGAAGCUGGGAGCCUGAACACCUGCACGUCUGAUUUACAUCAAACAGCAGGUUCUGCACCAUGAAGACCAGAUUAGGCUGCCUGUCCAAAAAAUCUGACUCCUACAGUGAUUUCUCUGAGUUUCUGCCUCCGGCUCAUGAAACCACAGCCAGGUGUCUGAAACUAUCAACYGAUGAGGUUGUUCGAUGGUCGGAGUCGUUCGAUAAUCUUCUGUCACACAAAUGUAAACAUCGACUACCGCACCAGGGAGAAGACAAAGCAGAGCCUGGCAGAUCCGUCUCCAACCAGCCUGAACGAGGUCCAGGGUAAAAUCUACAGCCUCAUGGAGAAAGACUCGUACCCACGGUUCCUCCGGUCCAAGAUGUACCAGGAUAUCGUGAACAGGGCACAGGCACAGGGCCAGAGGAGGUCUGUUUGACUGCGAACCAGAGUGGACAGAGAACUGGACCUGCACUGUAGAACAAAAGUUAACCCUUUGACGUCCAACUAAUACUGUGAAUCUGCAAGAAUGGGAUGACCRGCUUGACUGUUUCCUUUACACCAGCUGCAUGCAUGCACUCUCUGUAAAUAAUCCCCAUCUGUGAAGACUAUAGUGCACAGCGAGGAGAUUACUGGCUGAUAGCUGUAAAAAAAUUAGUCAUCCUUCAUUGCAAACUUUACAUUUAUUGCACAAUAAACCAGGAUGUUUGUUGUUUUGAUGAUAGACAUACAUCUCAUGGCUAAAGAUAGGACCACAUAUUUAGAAAUACAAAUAAACAACAACAUAUAUGAGAUUAGAGGAAAAUGUUAAUAUUGUAAUAAUUUUCACUUAUUAUGGUACAGCUGGUGGACAAAAUAUCAUUUUUUUGUUUGUUUUUCAUUUAUUUAUUUAUUUAUUUGCAUUAGUAUUUCUAAUAUUUUAUUUACG